AGAAAAAAAUUCACAGCGGCGGUGGAAGAGAGAAGCAGGAAGACCCCUGAUUACUAAAAACAAAAAAACCCACUGUGUGGUUUUCAGAGAUCAUAGAUGCCAGUAAUGAGGCAGAGCACGGCCGGAAGUGAGAGGGGGUUUUAACUAGACAAGAACCAGGCGAGAGCUGAGAGCACAUUCGCGCUCCCACCAGAGCCAGCAGCCCCAGCAGGAGAGCUUCUGUCGGAAGAGUCCCGCCCACAGAAGCCAGGGCCUCGACCCGGGAGUGGUUGUGGAGCUGCCGCGGCCUCAUCAGGGCUCCCUCUGUGCUUCCAGGAAAGCGAGGCCAAGGACAUCAGCAGAGCCACCUGCUUCGAGUUCCUGAGCUGCUGACAACCUGCAGGACGCCGAUGGCCUCUGGCAGAGGCUGCUGGGCCCUGGCCACUCUGCUGGCAAUUGUGGACAUCGAGCUUGGCGGAUGCAUGCGCCUCUUCAGCUCAGCGUCCCAGCAAGGAAAGCGACUAAGCUUAACCUGCACCUUGCGGCACACGAACGAAGAGGCUGAGGGGGCCAUCGUGUUUCUGUGCAAGGACAGGCCUUCGGACUGUUCCCCUGAGACCAGCUUGGAGCACCUGAGCCUGAGACGCUCGCCUGAGAUGGAUGGUGCCAGUGAAAGAUCAUCUCAGUUGGUGUUCACCAUAACCGAAGCCACACCAUCGGCCAAUGGGACCUACCAGUGUUGUGCCAAAAGCCAGACGCCAGAAAUCCUCCUUCAAGGUCAUUUUCUCUCCGUUUCAGUCACAGAGACAGGGAACUACACAGUGACGGGAGGGAAACUAACAGGACAGCAGGAGUCCAGCCAUGGCAAUGGCCCUCUCCACAGUAAAGGCCCUCUCAGUCCAAGCGUCCUGCAAGAGGUCUGGGUGAUGCUGGCCACCAGCCUGAUGGUCCUUCAAGCUCUGUAAGAGCUUCCUGCCAGAAGAAAUCUUUUUAAAAAUCACAGCAAGAUAAAUAUGUUUACCUUGGUAUCUUUCACAUUACAACAUGGGCACAGGGGGACGUGCCAAGAAUCUGGGGAAUAUAAAAUGGGACAAAUGAGUGGAUCCCUUGACCUCCCCUACUUACUUCCAGGGCAAGCCUGCCUUCUUCCCACCUCAGUCCCAGUGAGGGGAAGAGCAGCUCUCACCGUGGCUGGGGCAGUGCCCACUCAGACACGGGCUAAGUCCAUGUGUUUCUGUGUCCCCAGAAGAACUUUUCCUCGGUCCAUCCCCCGCCCCCCCCGCCCCCGCCCCCAAACACAGUAAAAGCAGCAAGUCAAACCAAGUGAGAACACCAAUUUUGGGGGGAGAAAUUGUUAUUUACCACUAAAGGGAAGAAAGAAGAAAGAAGCAAAAGAGAGGUAGGAGAGGAAAGAGACCCAGACCCAGUGUCUCGACUCUGCAUGAACACAGAGAAAAUGAAGAGAGCACCUGGUGUUCGAUGAGGGGAGGAAUCCACACAGCACUGAUGGAGGAAGAUUUGUGCAGACCAGAUGCACCACGAUCACAACUGCCUACCUUCAGCGAAGUACUUACCAACAUCUUCGGUCAUUUCUCUUUUUAUAUAAAUGCCCAAAGCAGUAUUUGCAUCCUUUUCUCCCCUAAAUUCACAAACCCUCUUUCUCUUUAAACAGAUGACCUCUUGUCAUAGUUAAGCAAGGAGGUAGGAGGCGGGGGGAGGGGAGGGAGGAUAUGCCUGACAGGAAGAACUACAUGAAUAGAGAGGUACGAACACAAUUUCACUGGAACUAAAUAGUAAACUAUCAAAAGGAAACACCUUACCUGCAAUCAUUGGCCAGGAUCUGCCCAGUGUGGGAGCUAAGGCUUGUGGGAACAGAGAGAAGGCUGGAAGAGACGGGUAAGACCCUUAUUAGUGAUGGUCUUGAACCUCAAACUCAAAGGAUUUUGGAUUUUGUUUUAUAAGGUAAAAAAACUAGGCAUGGAGUCAAAAGACCUGCUCUGCAACAUACCAGCCCUGUGUACUUGGGCAAGUGAAGUUCUGAAAUGUAUCUUUCAAAUAAGUCAAUACUGUGUUUCAACUGGAUGAGGAUUCUGGUGUGACUAAUAAAGACAAAUUGAU